CGCACCGAGAAGCCAUUUCUCUCCCCAGCUCCUCCAGGAAAGACGCCGCAUACCCAGUGUCUGCCAACGCUCGUGCAUUAUUAGCCCGCUGCCAGCACAAACAGAUGUUCUUGUAGAAGUGUUACUGUGAACCUGCGUAUACAUUCCAACAAGUGAUAUCGCUAAAAAGCCGGGCUGGUAGCUCAGUCUUUUCAAAAUGUGGCCCAGGUUUUCAAUGAAGAAGAAAAUAACGUACAUCAUGGACUUGUCCCAGCCCGUGCAGGGGAACAGUGCCCGGCUGCAGGCCUUCCAGAACAGGACUGGUGAAGAGUGCAAGGGUCGUACUGGAUUCGGUACAUUCAAGAAUCAUCACCGCGGUCCCGAGCUGCUUCGGGAACUUGCAAGACAGUACAAGAACGGAGAAUUCGUUGACGUGGUGGUGAAGGUAGAGGGAAGGGAGUUCCGCUGCCACCGUGCGGUGCUGGCGUCCAUGCCGUUCUUCAGGACCAUGCUGUCAUCCAACUUCACAGAAAGCCGCUCGGGUGUUGUACAGCUGCACGAUGUUAACUCUACCAGCUUCUCAAAGAUACUGGACUUCCUGUAUCAUGGGAAACUCUGCAUCACCAAAGACGACGUCGAGAGUCUUGUACAGGCAGCACACAUGCUACAGCUGGAGAAGGUCCUAGACUAUUGCAAAACCUUCAUGAUAGAAUGCCUUAGUCCGUCCAACUGUCUGGGUGUGAUGCACUUAGCCGGCAGUCUCGAUAUGACUUCUUUGAAGAGGGAAGCAAGGUAUGAGGCUUUAUCUCGAUUUGCAGAAGUCGUUCAAACUGAGGAGUUUCUGUGCCUUUCAGCAGAAGUGCUCUUGUAUCUACUUGAAGAUGAUGAAAUCCACGUUACGGACGAAGACGACAUUGCCAACGCUGUGAUACGAUGGCUCGGCCACAAUGUUGAAAGCCGCAAGUCAGCUCUGCCCACCAUUUUGCAAGAGAUUCGCUUAUCACAUGUGCGAGUCGGUGUGCUCGAGAUGCUAUUAUCACACACAGUGGCGCAGCAGUCUCCUCAGUGUCUGGCCAAGCUUACAGCAGCUAAGGAGGAACACUUACGGGGUGUAUGGCAACUAAACACAGGCGCGGUAGGAGGAAAGGGGCCCAGACGAGGGGUAUCGGACGACCUGGCGAUCAUUGUCGGUGGUUGGAGGGCGGUGAAGCGAAGCAACCCUCGUGAACAUGAACGUGAACACCGGCCGAACGUUUCCGACCUGUUGCCAGAGUCCGAGCCUCAGCAGACCAUCUUCUGCUUGAAUCCGGACGACCGGCAAUACUACCACAUCACCAAGCUGCCGACACCGGUGACCAGGUGCGUUAGCGUGGCGAGCGAGGGGCGUCACCUGUACGUCACAGGUGGGCAGGAUCCCGCCACGUCCAUGUUCUCUCUCCCGCCGCCGUCAAGACAAGCCUUCAGGUAUGACUUCCCGACAGACACCUGGAUGACGUUACCCGACAUGCCACGCGGGAGGGCAGGGCACCAGUCUCUUGUGGUUGGCGGGAAACUGUUUCUGGUUGGAGGCCAUGAUGAGGACAAGUCUCAGUUCAGUAUGGAUUGCUACAACAUCAGAGAGGGGGCCUGGAUAAAGCCGCCGACACUACCGGCAAUCGACGCUUCAUCAGACUUCACGGCAACGGUCUGUAACCUCAAGCUUCUGAUCAUCCAGGUGUCGCAGAAGAUUGCGACGAAUCCAACGGUUGACUCUGCCCAGUCUUCGAGCGAGUAUCCAAUACUGUACGUACAUGCGUAUGACGUGGCGACGGACCGUGCGGUGUACGCGGUUGUACCACUGAAGAGCGCUGUAAGGAAGGAGAACAUCUGGACCACUGCUGUUGAUGACAAACUUUAUCUUUACCUGUUCGAAGGUCAUCCCGACCAUGGCGACUACUUACAGAACCGGAAUCAAAUCUAUGCCUACGAUACCAAGGAUGGGAGCCUAUGCAAGGCUGAUGUUGUGAAUGGAGCAGGUUUAACGGGCAGCUUCAUUCGUACACAACAACAGGGCAUGACGAGUUUUGUCAUCAAACACACGUUCAAGGGCAGGGUCAGGAUCAAAGGCAUCAUUGAAACGAAGGUCUGCAUACCCUUUGCCCUGGAGGGGCACACGUGCCUUGGGGUGAAGAAGAGCGGAAUAGGGUGGUACUGCAGGGACAAGUUGCAGACACUGAGGGACAAGGAGGUGGAAGACGUGGCACCAAAGGCGGAGAGCUCAGCUUCUGGGAGCGCCGGGAGUUAGACCUCAAUGUUCUAGGGGUUUCUCUUAGGUAGCCUGGUGUGGGUCUGUUAAUGUCUUAAUGAAUAGAGGGUGAAAAGUCAGUAUGGCACAAUCAUGUUGUAGGACCAGGAAUUGGCCUAUAGGACGGACUGUAGUGUUUUAGUUAUCUCAAAGUAGUUUUUAUGGUGAUAAGAACAGCGGCAAAAAUGCACCACUUGAAAGGUGACAGCGAAAUACAUCUGCUUUGAGGUUAUAUCUUGUUGUUGAGUUCCAAGUUUCCUAGCAUGUACUUUGCUGAGUAGUCUUUGUAACACAAACUCCCGCUGUCCAGGGCUGUAACUGGCCCCUCCCCUUCUAGGGGGCCGGCGGAUGGUUGGCGGGCUGCUAUAAGCGAAAUUUAAUCAGGCUAUUUGCUGAGGGUUGUAAUACUAACAGUAGCAGUGUCACUUCUGAUCAAAAUCGAGAACACGGUGCAGACGGUCACAGUCCAUUGAUAUUGCUAUAUAACGUUACUGGUGUAUAUAUACCAAAGAAAAUCUAAAUAGAUAGUAGCAAGUAGCUUAUACAUAUAACCUCAUUGACAGUAGUAGACAAACAUGAUAGGAUUAACUUUUAAUGUGCUAUUGGCUCAAAUUUAAGUCGGCUCUAUGGUAACUGAAUUAACAAUAUCGCUAUGUCCAUUCCGUGAGCAAGAAUGACAAAAUUUGGGUAAGUCCCAAUCAAUUCUACUGUUGGUUAGUUAGAUUUUAGUUUAUCCAUAAUGUCAUUUACCAACAUAGAUGAACUUUCAUGCUAAUAUCCUUAUGUUGAUAUGACCAUUAUGAACUGCCUAGCACAGACUUAGAUUAUAGCAUCAUGUUGGUAUCCGUCGGUAUUGUGGAUGUUAUGAUUUAUCAGUACUGCAGUACGACAAUUCAAUGAUGCACUGUACCACCUGUCACCUGUUGAAGUAAUGACGUUAUGAGCAUAGGACAAUGUGUUUAUCCGCUCAUUUUAUUUGCGCAUAGAGGGAGUUGGUACCGGAUUGAACUUUAUUUUUACAUAAAUAGUCUCAAUAGUAAGUGUCCAACCACUUUCGAAGUUUCAAGUUUUCCUAAACGUUCACUACUGAUAGAAAAGAGAACUAGAAAUAUAUUCAAGAGAACGUAAAUCAUAUCCAGCUGUCAGAACCGUAGUUUUACAUGACAAAACAAAAAAGAAUGAACACCUGGUACAUAGAGUACCCACAAGCCUCCGCACAGCGAAGUCCCAGAUGUAAAAGAAGCGACAAUACAAGAAUGUGACCUUCCUUGUUGUGACUGUAGUUUCCCCUCCUGGAAAGUACUUUACUGUUAAAGAGCUUCUUUGAUGGUCUUACAGGGCCGGCCCCUUUGAAGUUAUUUUCCAAGCGCUCAUUCGUUUCUCAAGCUGAAAACCCUGCCGAAGUUUUUUUUUUCGUCUCAUAGCAUUUGCAGGUGGGUGGUCGAGUGUUGAAUUAUGAUUAACUUUCGACUGAUGUUUUAAAUUCCGGAGAUUUUUAUUGUUUGCGCCGACGAUCGUGAUAAAGUAACACGUUCUUCCUUACAUGUGUGCAUUUGUUAGUUCUAAAACAAC